AUGGCAAGCUUUCACUGGGAAGAAAAUGUCAGCUUACAAUGCUACAAUACGUUCAGUAUUCCAGUGACAACACGCUAUCUCGUCCGUAUCCAGAACUCCCGCCUCAGCAAGCUUGUGCAGUCACCUUUUUUUCAAGACCACCGCCAUGUGAUUUUGGGAGGAGGAAGUAAUGUACUUUUCGCCGGGAAGACCUAUGACGGCAUUGUCCUGAAGAACGAAAUUAUGGGAAUCGAGACCCUAGCCCGAGACGACAUGCAUACGACGCUCAAGGUCGGUGGAGGCGUCGCAUGGAGCUUUCUAGUUGACUAUUGCCUCACCCACAAGCUGGGUGGUAUCGAGAACCUGUCUCUUAUCCCUGGUACCGUGGGCGCGGCUCCCAUUCAAAAUAUUGGCGCCUAUGGGGUGGAACUCAGUGAUGUGCUCGAAAGCGUGGAAAUUGUUGAUCUGACGGACGGCAAGACACGCACCAUGACAAGGGCCGAAUGUAUGUUUGGGUAUCGAGACAGCAUUUUCAAGCGGCUGAAGGAUGUGUUGGUUUGUACGGUUACCGUAAAGCUUACCAAUGCUCCUCACCAUCGACUGAAUACCACAUACGGCUCGAUCCAACAAGUGUUGAGCGAGCGAGACUGUCUCACACCCACGAUAUCGUCGGUCAGUGAGGCAGUAUGUCUACUCCGCAAACACAAACUGCCUGACCCAAGAGAGUUGGGCAAUGCGGGAAGCUUUUUCCAAAAUGUUACAGUCGAUGAUUGUACUUGCCAGUCUCUCAAGACCAAAUACCCCGCACUCCCUGUUUUCACCAAGGCACAGGGGCGAAACCUCAUUCCAGCCGCGUGGUUCAUCGAACAAUGUGGCUGGAAAGGCAGACGGAUAGGCCGGGUCGGGCGGCGGAUGACGAACAUGUGGGGCGAGCUGAAUGGACUAGGACUACGUACUGUGCAUAGAAAAGAAAACUGGAGCGACAUCUUUUCUGUGACUACUUGUUGCGACUUCACAGCUCAAACUCUCGCCAGACGUAUCAGGAUGCUUUCUACAGACCUGAAGGAAGCUCUUCGCUACGAGAGCCCCGCGCACAUGCCUGGGUUCCCACCAUCUAUUAGCCCCAUUCAUUUUGUCUGCAUCGGAGGACACGGCCAGUCGGCGAUCGCUUUGAUCUUGUUGAAAUUGGGAUAUGUUGUUCAAGGAAGCGAUAUCAAGGAAAGCGACAAUGUCGUCCGAUUGCGGGCCGCAGGCGCAACAGUAUUUAUUGGCCAUGACAAAGACCAGCUCGGUUCUGCAAAGCUCGUGGUAGCAUCAUCCGCGGCAACGUGGGGGAGCAAACCCAAUGUUGAGGUUGAAGCUGCUCGAGAACGACGGAUCCCGGUCAUUCACAGAUCCGAAAUGUUGGCCUCGUUGAUGCGCCAUCACAAGUCCAUUGCCAUUUGUGGCAGCCAUGGCAAGAGUACUACGACUAGCAUGGUUGCCGGCAUGCUGGAAGCCGGCGGGCUGUCCCCGACAACGAUAUCUGGUGCUGUCGUCACGCAGUAUGGCAGCAAUGCUCACAUGGGCUCCGGUAACUGGAUGGUUGUGGAAGCCGACGAAAGCGAUGGCACAAUGGUCCAGCUUCCUGCUCUGAUUUCGGUGGUAACGAAUAUUGACAGUGACCAUAUAACAUUUUAUGGCACACAAGAGAAGACCCGAGCAACAUUUGCUCAGUUCGUACGGAAUGUGCCAUUCUAUGGACUCGCGGUCCUUUGCAUCGACGACCCGGGAGUUCGCAAAAUGCUCCCCGAGGUUCAAGAUCGCAACAUCAUCACCUACGGGGUUUCAGAAGAUGCAGAUGUUCGUGCAGAGGACGUCAAAUACAAUCCGCAAGACUCUACUUUCGUCCUGUCCGUCAGAAACCGACGGGAUGGAACUCGUCGAGUUGUUGGAUGUAUAGUCUUGAACGUUCUGGGAUUACAUAACCUCCAAAACGCGUUAGCCACUACUGCCAUUGCACUUGAGCUAGGCAUUGAGCUGGAAAGCAUCCGCUAUGCUUUAAGGAACUUCCAGGGAACAAAUCGCCGUUACAUCCACGUAGGUGAAGCAAAUGGCAUCCAAAUCAUCGACGAUUUCGGCACACACCCUGCGGAGAUGAAGGCGACACAAACGAUGGCAAAGCAAGCGGGUGCGCGCAGAAUCAUUGCUGUCUACCAGCCUACCGCUGUAGUGAGGAAUGUGGAGGCAUGGCUGGAGGAAUAUCCGGCGGCUUUCGAAGAGUCGGCACACAUCAUCAUCGGCCAGGCAGACGGGGUCGGGGUUGAUCCAGUCCCAGCGGGCAAGGCACGGGAGACACUUGUUCAGUACCUGCACUCCCACGGGCGUGAGGAUGCGAUCUCAAUGCCCGACCCAUCUGCACUUCCAGAGCUGGUUUCUCGCUUGGGGCAGGAAGGCGAUUUCGUGGUGUGCAUGGGCUUCCGUAGCUCAACUCUCUGGGCACGAGCAUUGGCAGGUCAAUUGAAAGCGCUGGGAAACCCGGGGAUGAAAGGCGACCAAUAA